GAAUCACGACACUUCCAAGCCGGAGAAUCCGCUAUUCCUCUUCUACUCCUUUCACCUGCUCCACACGCCUCUGCAGGUGCCCAAAGCCUGGCUCGAGAAGCUGGAUGCCUUAGUUUCCGCGGCAGGGGGCAAGCCGAUUGACAGUGAGAACAGGCGCCUGUAUGCCGCCAUGACCCUGUACAUGGAUGCCGCCAUCGGCGAGGCUGUCGAUGCACUGAAGCAGAAGAAGAUGUACGACAACACGCUGAUCAUUUUCACCUCGGACAAUGGUGGCCCCAUCUACGAGCCCGGCGCUGCUUCCAAUCAUCCUUUGCUAGGUGGCAAGUACACCGAUUGGGAGGGUGGUGUGCGCACAAAUGCUUGGGUUUCGGGUGGAUUUGUGCCUGCGAAAAGGCGCGGGGCAAAAUACAACGGCAUCAUCAAUGUAGCUGACUGGUAUGGUACACUUACGCAGUUGGCGGGCGUUGACAUGACGGAUCACAAAUCCGAUAAGGCCAAUCAGUUCCUAAAGGAGAAGGGAUUGCCGCUGCUUCAUCCAGUGGAGAGUAUGCCGCAAUGGGGCAACAUUGUCGAUGACAAGCCUGGUCGCACAGGGCCUAUGCAUCUCAGCUCUCAGGCUGUGCUGCGGUGGCCUUUCAAACUGGUGACAGGCAAGCAGGUGAUGAGCACCUGGCAGGGGCCGCUUUAUCCGAACUGCUCGACGGUGCACUCGCUCAAGAACCGCAACGGGCCUCUGCCGCCACAGCAAGAUGUGAAGGUUUUUGGGGAGCCCAUGCCGGUUGCCGAAUCGCAGGCCGAAAUCGACAGACAGACCUGGACGAUCGACUGCGGGGCAGGCUGCCUAGUGAAUGUCGAGGACGAUCCGACUGAGCACAUCAACCUUGCGCACGAUCCCAAGUACGCCGCAACUCUCAAGUCUUUGCAAGAGACGCUGGAAGCCUUGAACAAGGACCUCUUCAAUCCCGAUCGCGGCCUCGAUCGCAUCGAGGCCUGCGAGGUGGCCAUUGAGCAGAGCCGGACCUUUGGACCCUUCGUCGAAUCUCAGGAGUUCUACAGCCCUGCGCCACCUAAAACUUUGUUGGAGCAGGUAGAAGAUGCCGCCCUUACAGCAGCGCUCCGGAAAGUCAACAGCCCCAUGGGGAAGACCCUUGCCGUUUCGGCCAUACAGACGAUCGCACCAAGAGUGAUUGCAAAUUCGAACUUCGACCAGUGCCGAGCUAGAGAGACUGAGCAGACCGAGCAGGGCUUCCUCUCUGACAUCUUCACCGUGUGA